GUGCGUCGCGUUGUGUUUCAGGCGACGUAAGGGACGUCCCGACGCACGGUAUGACGCUGGGAGCUGUCGUGCCGUCUCGUCGUGUAGUUGCAUCGCCUUGGAAGAGGCUAGAGAGAGGCAGAAAUCGAAAAUGUGAGCUGUCGUGCCGUCUCGUCUUGUAGUUGCGUCGCCUUGGAUUCGGCAAGGAGGAAGGAAAAGGAGAGGCAGGAAUGUGUGUCGUAAAUAGUACACCAUACUUGGGGAAUUCGGGAAAAACCGGAAAAACUGAGUUGUCAGGCAUCAGUCGGUCUCCUCUGUCAUGUCUGUCUGCUGAGUGUUUAUCACGGAGGAAUAAGAAUAUUCCUCCAUGGUGUUUAUCGAACUGCAGCGAAGGGAGCAAACGAUUUACUCUGACAUAACGUUACAGACAUGGCCUACAGGUGAUGCUCAGAUAUCAGUGAAUUUUUUUCUUUGAAAAUGGUCAGGUGAAAAUGGCGACUACGAGGAGUGCAUCAAUUGUGGCAGAGGACUGCGAAGCCAGUAGUGUGGAGGAGUUGCUCCAAGAAGCUAAGGAUAAACAGCACAAGAAGAUAUUCCUCAACUAUAAGGGACUGACAGAAAUCCCCACCGAACUGGUGGAAGAUGAGGAGACAUUCAGACACCUGCAGCACCUGUACUUGAAAAGGAACCUGCUAAAAACCUUGCCCACCAACAUUGGAAAUCUGAAAGGACUUGUGGAAUUAUAUCUGCACUCCAACUGUCUAACAAGUUUACCUGAUGAAAUCUGCAACUUGGUGAGUUUGCAGUCUUUAGAUGUCAGCAACAACCGUCUGAAGAGUCUACCAGCCUCGCUGGGGGAAGUCACGUCCCUCCAGAAGUUGUUUCUCCCAGAUAAUCUGAUCACUGCAUUACCAGCAGAGCUGGGGAAGCUGCAGAACCUGUGUGUUUUGGAGGCCAGCUGCAAUCAGCUCGUCGGUCUUCCUGUUGAACUCUGCAAUUGCACUAAGUUGCGCUCACUGUGCCUGACCAAGAACAAGUUACGAUGGUUGCCAAGGCAACUCACCAGCCUUGGUUGCUUGGAGGAAUUAACGGUCAGCGGUAACAAACUGAUGUGCCUUCCGAUGGAUCUGGGUUUGUGGCAAGAGAACCUGCGGACGGUGUACGUCGACAACAAUCCCCUGCUUCACGCAUUGCCUUUCAGCCUGUGGAAGAAGAAGCUGGGUGCCACAAGCUGUGGGACGGAGGAGCUGUCCAUGGAGCAGAGCCGUUCCGUCCACAUUUUCAAGUCCAACGGCCUGUCUGCCAUUUUACCCCCUGAACUCAGACUCAUCAAGGACGGGCACGAGCCGGUCAGUGAAGUCCUGCCGCUGCUGGAGCUGAGUCUAGCAGCUGCGCAUCGCUUGAAGGACACACUGGAUUUGUCUACAUUGCCAAGAAGCCUGAGCGACCUUGCAGAGAUGCCCACAGCGCAUUGCAUGGCGCCCAGCUGUUACGAGAAGCCGAUAUUUACCAUGGCCUGGGUGCACCUCCUCAAGCUGGACUGGGCCCAGCCCUGGCAGCGAACGCAGGAGAGCAUCGGCUUCGUGGGCUUUUGCUGCUCCAAGGAGUGCCUGAGAACUUUCAAGAAGAUUCCCGUGCCCACAUUUUGAGUUGGGAUCAGCAGCGCUUGUUGUGGUAUCAAUGCCGACUGUUGGCUUUCAGAGAGUAGAGGAGGGAAUUUGGGCAGCAAAGGGGACAAACAGAGAAUCCUUCAUAAAUCUUGAAGUGCUGCAGUUGUUUUAAAGCCAAAACUUCAUCAGAGUAUGGAGUUCAUUCAAAGGCAGUGUUCAGCAUUGUGAAUACCAAAUCAUACUGUUGUAUGUAAUUGUAGUUCUUAUAUCAUUGUGCCUACUGUAAUGGUACCUAGACCUGUGCUAAAGUGGACAGGACAGUACACCUGAAUCACGUGGAAUUGCUGCACGGUUUGCUGGGUAAGAUACCAAACUGUUUUGUUCUCCAGGCCAAAGCAAAGGAGAUGGUACUGAGCUGGCCUUUAUACCAGAGAGCUUGGAGGUGUUUUGUCUAUACCAGGCAAGAUAUGGGACGGAGGGGUACCCCCCCUUACCUGUCCAAUCCCUAUACACACUGUAGACUAUUGU